CGGCAGUCGCCGCGGUGGCUGCCGGGAUGCGCCGCAGCGAAUGGUAGCGCUAGGCGCUGCUCUGAGUGACCUUUCACCCGCGCUCAGCGGCCUCAGGCGGCUGCACAAGGCGGAAACCAUGGCGGAGGCAGCGGCCGCAGCGGGCGAGAUGGGCGCGGGCGAGCGGGAGCCGGACGCGGACCGCGCGCGCCGGCGUCUGCGGGUUCUGUCAGGCCAUCUGCUGGGCUGGCCCCCGGAGGCUCCGAGUACCAAUGAGUGCAAAGCGCGGAGAGCUGCGUCGACGGCCGCAGCGUCGCCCGCCGCCACCCCCGCCGCUCCCGAGUCGGGCACCAUCCCCAAGAAGCGGCAAGAAGUUAUGAAAUGGAAUGGAUGGGGAUAUAAUGAUUCCAAGUUCUUCUUCAAUAAGAAGGGCCAGGUUGAAUUGACCGGGAAAAGGUACCCUCUGAGUGGCUUGGUUUUACCAACUCUUAGAGAAUGGAUCCAAAAUACCCUUGGAGUAAGUCUGGAGCAUAAAACUACCUCUAAAGUAUCCUUAAAUCCUAGUGAAACACCUCCUUCUAUUGUGAAUGAAGAUUUUCUUCAUGAUCUUAAAGAAACUAGUAUUUCCUAUUCACAAGAAGCAGAUGAUCGAGUGUUUAGAGCUCAUGGUCAUUGUCUUCAUGAGAUAUUUUUGCUCAGGGAAGGAAUGUUGGAGCGAAUUCCCGAUAUAGUUGUGUGGCCAAUGUGUCAUGAUGAUGUAGUUAAGAUUGUGAACCUAGCAUGCAAAUAUAACCUUUGUAUCAUACCAAUUGGUGGAGGAACAAGUGUUUCAUAUGGCUUGAUGUGUCCUGCAGAUGAAAAAAGAACAAUCAUUUCUUUGGAUACUUCACAAAUGAAUCGAAUUCUCUGGAUUGAUGAGAAUAAUCUGACAGCUCAUGUAGAGGCUGGAAUAACAGGACAAGACUUGGAAAGACAGCUUAAAGAAAGUGGUUAUUGUACAGGUCAUGAGCCAGAUUCCCUGGAAUUCAGCACUGUGGGAGGAUGGAUAUCUACUCGAGCAUCAGGCAUGAAGAAGAAUAUCUAUGGCAAUAUUGAAGACCUGGUGGUUCAUAUGAAAAUGGUAACACCUAAAGGCGUAAUAGAAAAAAGUUCUCAAGGACCUCGUAUGUCAACAGGCCCUGAUAUCCAUCACUUCAUCAUGGGAUCCGAAGGAACUCUUGGUGUAAUAACAGAAGCUACAAUAAAAAUCAGACCAAUCCCUGAAUACCAAAAGUAUGGCUCGGUAGCUUUCCCUAAUUUUGAACAAGGAGUAGCCUGUUUAAGAGAAAUUGCAAAACAGCGAUGUGCUCCUGCAUCUAUUCGCCUCAUGGACAACCAGCAGUUUCAGUUUGGUCAUGCUCUUAAACCUCAGGUCUCCUCUAUUUUUACAUCAUUUUUAGAUGGAUUAAAAAAGUUUUAUAUUACAAAGUUUAAAGGAUUUGAUCCAAAUCAACUAAGUGUAGCCACAUUACUGUUUGAGGGGGAUCGUGAGAAGGUUCUUCAACAUGAAAAACAAGUGUAUGACAUUGCUGCAAAAUUUGGUGGUUUAGCAGCUGGAGAAGAUAAUGGACAGAGAGGUUAUUUGCUAACUUAUGUCAUUGCGUACAUACGUGAUUUGGGUUUGGAGUACUAUGUAAUUGGAGAAUCUUUUGAGACUUCUGCUCCUUGGGACAGGGUUAUAGAUCUGUGUAGAAAUGUGAAAGAAAGAAUAAGGAGGGAAUGCAAAGAGAAAGGUGUGCAGUUUGCGCCUCUUUCCACGUGCAGGGUGACGCAGACUUAUGAUGCAGGUGCAUGCAUCUACUUCUAUUUUGCCUUUAACUACAGGGGAAUUAGUGAUCCAUUGUCUGUGUUUGAACAAACUGAGACAGCUGCUAGAGAUGAAAUCCUUGCCAAUGGAGGGAGCCUGUCACAUCACCAUGGAGUGGGCAAGUUACGAAAGCAGUGGCUAAAGGAAAGUAUCUCUGAUGUUGGCCUUGGGAUGCUGAAGUCUGUCAAGGAAUAUGUGGACCCCAGUAACAUCUUUGGAAACAGAAAUCUUUUAUAAAUCCAUUAAUAUCAUUAUGAAAAAUGUUACUUUUUUAAAGUCUUCAACUAUGGUUACACCAGUAAUAGAUUAUAUCAUGGACUGUGUGUUGGUUUAAAAUAAGUUUGUUUUCAUUCUGUACUUUGUGUAUCUGUAGAUUUGACAGAUGGUAUUCCUUGGGUCUCAUUGGUAGGUGUCAUUUCAAAUUUUAGUCAGGCAGCACAUGGCUGCUAGUUAUCUGAGAGGAAGAUGCUGCCAGCUGUUUUAUAGUGAUGCUUCCUCUUGGUGAACAAAGACAGAUUUUGGUAUCAUCUGUUGCUCUUUUUUUUUUAAAAACACAUUUCUGUAAAGCAGAUAUCUGGGGAAAGACUGCUGGAGAGUGAUAUUUGUAUGUUUUUAAGAGCACAUUUUACUCUUAAGUAGGCCAUUGAAGGAGGCGAUACAUAUAUAGACAGCCUAUUAUAAGGAUCCCUUCAUCUGUUCACGGUGCUUGGUCUACAGUUUUGUUUGAACUAAGUACACACUUAUACAAACUUAAAUUACCAGUAUAAAAAUUAUCCUGGAAAUAGACAUGGUUUUGUUCUCCAUGUCUCUGUUUCUAUUGGGGUAUGAGUUGUGUUUGUAACGCUGAGAUAACCUGUUGUAUCCUAGAUCAUUCAUAACAUGUUUUUUAAGAAAAGCUACCUUAUUACAUGUGAAGGGCAGGCUUACCAUGAUUUGAAGGCCAUUAUCCGUCAUUGAGUCCUAAUGUUUCUGCUGUUAUGUACUUGUUGCGGAGCUGCAGAAAGAGCAGAAGGAAGACUCCUGAACCUAAUGUCUCCAGUUCAGAGGAUUAUUUGGCUAAAGAAACAGUCAUUAAUUGGCUCUUGAAUUUGAAAGCCUCAAUAAUUUCAAUAACAAAAAUCUUUUUUUUAGAUUAACCACAAAUAGCACGAUAACUUUUCAUGUAAAACUAGUUUCAGUUUAGUUCUUAAUAAUGGUUUAAUGCUUUUUUUGAAUUACUGGUCUAACCGAAAUUAAAAAAAAAAAAUGUACUAAUGCAUAUACCAUAAUCACAAGUUUGAGAUCUUCUACUUCUUAAGUAAAUAUUUAAAAGAACAUUAUCAUAUUUAGCAAACAUUUUUACAUUCAGACCUGGAUAUUGAAAUCAGUGUAAUGAUUGCUUUAAAUCACUGUCUGUUGAGGUUUAUGAUUCACAUUUUGGCAUGGAUUCUUUUCUUAAUGCAAUACCUAACUUUUGAUAAUUUUUUAAAAUUAAUAUUUAAUCAGAUAAUGUAAGUCAAAAUGCAGAUGAUCCUUUAAAAGGACACACCAUAUGUCUGUGUAGCAACAGCUCCAAAGUAUGUUGGGGCAGUUUGAUACCUUUUAUAUUUGAAGUAGCCUUAACCAGAAAAGUGAAAAUUUAAAGUUGACAAAAUGGUAUUUUUAAGUCUUCAAAAUUAUACUUUUUAACUAUCAAAAUUGGCCUCAAACUGACAAAUUAAACUCUGUAGACAAAUCACAAUUAUUAGUUUAACAAAAUAUUUCUUUUCUGGAAGCUGCCUCUCUUGAUUGAUUUCUUUUUAAUUAUAAAAUUUCCAGCAGUCUUUGAUUAAAGCCGUUGAUGGUUUAAAAUAACUGGACACUUGAGGGAAUUGCCUCUAGAAUGGUAAGAUUCUCAACUUUAUAAAAUGCAUCUCUUCAUGAAGGUCAUUUCUCUAAUUGGUGAUCAAAAUGUGACAUUUCUAAGGUUCUAACACCUCUUUGGAAGUAUGUACAUAUUUCUGAGUAAUUGUUUUAAUAAACAGUUUCAUUAGUAGAUCCAUUUCCUUGCAUGUGAUUGUUAUAACAUUUUCUCCAAGAUGUUUGGCUUUCUAUAGCCUCAGAAAUCUAUACUUCAUAUUAGGAAUCUGUAAGUGUAACACCUGAAAUUGUGGUAUUCCCUAUACUACAUGAACUUUAUGGAAAUUGUGGUAUUCCCUAUACUACGUGAACUUGUUUUUCUUUUCCCAUAUAUGCAGGGCUCCCCAAUCUUGGUUUUUAAUGGUGACUACAUUUUGUAGUUGAUAUAAUUUCUACAGGGAUCAUUUUGAAACACAAGAUUGUUCGUCAGUACUGUUUCACUCUGAUUUUGUAAAUCAGGAAGCCUUCCCCUACUUUUACCCACCCACUUCUGGGAGGUGCCUCAGUAUAGACUUAGUGUCUCUGGAGGACUGAGUUCAUGAAUAUGCAUAAAGCACUUAACCAUGCCUCUGACAUUCUCAAGUAUCUGAAAAUGGCUUCUUAAAGUUAAACCCAGGAGAAUACUGUUUAUAUGAGGCAUCUUAACUCAUAAAUUAGUUUAUUUAACAUCUUAAAAACUGUAGUCUAUUUGAUAUUCAAUAGUGGAUAACACUGACUUGUCUUUCUUAAGUUAGUCAUAUUUGUAAUACUUUGCUUAAAUUUGAUGAUGUCAUAGUGGACCUGGGUUUCAUUGGGAAGGGAAACUGGCUGCUAGUGAGAAAUGGCAUUGAAUACUAAAGACUUAAACUGAAUAGACUUUAUUGACCCUUGGAGAAACUGUUGCCUUAAUGUAUGGUGCAAUUUAUAGUGGCCCAUAAGUAAAUUUAGUCUUAUACUAAAUUACUUGAGCUUUUUAGUUUACUGAGAAUUGUGGAGGCCACAUGUUUCUUGUGUCCAGCAUUUUAUCACAGAAUAGAUUAAACCUUGCUCUUUGAGGAAUGGGAGUUUGUUACUAGAAAUGCUUAUAUACAGAACUGUUGGUCUAAGGUUAUUUAUGAAUCUGGAAGCUGUCUAAUAUGCAUAUAUAUGUUGAUAUAUUUUGGAAAACAAAGACUCAAUAAAAAACAAGCUUCUGUCAAUGUGUAUAUUAUAUCAGAUACAAAUGGUUGCAAACAAUCCUUUUACCCUUCAGAAUAUUGUAAGGCCUAACUUUCGUAUUUAAAGACACUUUUCUGCAUGUUAAUUGCAGAGAUUGUUGUCACAUUCUUUUGUACCAAGGGCUUCUAACCGCAGCUGAUCAGAGAAGCUCUGAAGUCCUGAAGUGAAGUAUAGACCUCAGGUCCUCCAAUGGGGUUGAGUUUGGGGUCAUGUUAGAACACAGCGACUUACUGGGAUUGGUUUAUACCUUGCCAAUGAUGCUGCUACAGAAUGCUCUCUUGGAAAACGUAUCUAGAAAGUGCUGAGACAGAGUGAUGAACAGCUUUGGUAAUUUUUAGAGAUUUUUUUUGUUCCCACUUAAUCUUUAGUGACUGAUUUUAAUUAGGGCUCAGCUCAUGACAGGAGAAGCUGAAAGUGCAACAAGUGCUGGUUUAAGAUGGAAGAGCCCCGAGUGAUCUACCUUAACCCUUAUCCGUUACGGAGGGUUGGCUUGGCUUAGAGCCUUAUGUUCUGAUAUGACUCAUACAGAACAUAUGAGCCAUACAGAUUCACUUAAUUCAUACUAAUGAAUUUCACUUCCUGAAAUGAUGCUGAAAUCAGAAGGUAUAAAAGGUUUACUUAAACCGUUGAAGUAUGUGUCUGACAUGAAGGAUAUUAAGUUACUCAGCAUUCUAUUUCCAAGCCAAAUAGUGUUUGUCUUCAGUGUGAAACUUAACUGUAAAAACUGCUUGUAUAAUGUCAAGAGAUUAUAGAAACAUAUUAAUAAAAUGGACAUGGGCCUAGG